GGCUUGGAUAGUUCGCUCUGGCUAUUCAUCAGUCUGGGGAUAUGCAAAAGUUCAGCAUGAACAUCGUACCCAAAGCAGAAAUCCCUCGGACAUAAUACUUUAACCAGGCUUGAUCGUAUGUAAUAGGAGUAUUCGGGAGGUUGAGUUGCCCUUCCUGAUCUCCAUUGUCGACUGUUUGUGACUAGCAGACGGAGGUAUUAUAAGCUCGCGGAAAUGCAGCAGACCAAGAUUUAGGCUUUGGAUCCGGUGCUGAGAUAAACUCUUCUGCCAUCUUUAGAUGCUGGAGAAGUAUGGAUAAAAUAUUACAUGAGAUCCAUCGUGGCUGUGUGGAAUGGCUCGGAAACGGAAUAGUUGGCUGCAGUGGGCCUUAUGGAGGAUGUUUUCGAACUUUGUUCUGCAAGCAAAUGGGACAUCUCGUAAUAGCAUCCCCGAGAAAAUUCUAGCCUUUAUAUUUCACCUGCUCGUACAGGCUGUUGCAGGAUGGAGGUUGGGGGUAAUGGCAUUUUUGUUCAGGGCGUCUGGAACAGUUGAAACGUUAGUUUUCAGAAGCCCUUUGCUCUCGUCCAUCAUAACGCUUGUCAAUUUUAGAUUUAUAAACUCACAAUAAAG